CGCUCGUUGAAGCAGCCCAUUGCAACUUUCCUUCUUCUCCAGCAUUGCGCCUCUGCUUCUCCAGCAACAACCCCAGUCGCACCGUCCGCCUGGUCACUCACUCUCGCUCACUCUCACUCGACUCUUCCCACUCGGUCGACUAGCUGUAUUACUGUGGCUGCCCGUCGCUGCUUGUCCCUGCUCGCUCCAGUGAAUCAGUCUCCUCGUGGUUUGCAUCAUCGCCAAGCCACUCACAGCAGCACCGCCGCCCCACUCGCCACCGCGCCCACCGCGUCCACUCUCAGUUCACUCACCCGCUCAUCUCCCUCUCCACUGCGCGACCACAGCAGCCCCGUCGCGCCAUUCGCGUUUUCCAACCCAUCCACCAUCACCACCACCAUGUCAAGCACUCCCGCCAUCGCUGAAGCCGCCGCCGCCGCCGCCACCGCUGCUGCUGCUGCUGCCGCCAUGCAAGCAUCUUCAGGAUCGACCGAGGCUGGCCAAGCCAUGCCGCCGGGCUUUGUCUCGGUCAAGGAGUCCUCCACGACCAUCCUCUUCCCAGACACGAACGAGGUCUUUUACAACCCCGUCCAAGAGUUCAACCGCGAUCUGUCGUCCGCAGCCAUCACAGUCUUCUCUGACAUUCUCGAGGAGGAGCGCAGCGCCGCUCGCAUUGAGCUUGCCAACAAGCGCGCCGCUCGUGUCGCCCGCCAGCAACAGGCCGCCGCUGCCGGCGAAGGUGCCCCUCCGAGCAAGGACGGCCCAUCGCAGGAAGCGAUUGCUGCCGCGGCUGCGUCGCUAAACCUUGCGACGGCGGCAGGCGCCUCUUCGUUCACCGCCCCCUUCCGUGUGCUCGAGGCCCUGUCCGCGUCUGGGCUGCGCGCCAUCCGUUACGCCAAGGAAAUCCCUCGUGUGACGCAGGUGGUGGCCAACGACAUGAGCCCCGAGGCUGUCCAGCUCAUCCAGCAGAACAUCACCUUCAACAAUGCCGCCAACAAGGUCGUCGCCAACCAGGGCGAUGCCACCGAGUACAUGUACGCCAAUCGCGCUCAUGGCUUCCACGUCGUGGAUCUCGACCCUUACGGUGCGCCCACACCCUUCCUCGAGACAGCCGUCCAAACCGUCACGGAUGGCGGCCUGCUCUGCGUCACUGCCACCGACACGGCCGUCCUCUGCGGCAACUCGCCCGAGGCCUGCCUGGCCAAGUACGGCGCGCGUUCCAUCCGCGGAGACCACUGCCACGAAACCUCUCUUCGUAUUCUGCUGCAGCACAUUGAUGCUUGCGCCAACCGCUAUCAUCGCUACAUUGUGCCCAUGCUGUCGAUGAGCAUUGAUUUCUACGUCCGUGUCUUUGUUCGUGUGUACGAGUCUCAAGAGACCGUCAAGCAGUCCAUUGGAAAACGUGCGCUGGUCUUCCACUGCUCGGGCUGCCACACAGCCACCAUCCAGCCUCUUGGCCGAGUGACCAAGGAUGGCGACCGCAUGCGCUACCAGCUUAGCACUGGACCUGUUGUGGAUCGCGUGUGCGAAUUUUGCGGCUUUGUGCAGCACAUUUCUGGACCGAUUUGGCCAGGCUCUAUUCACGACCAGACUUUCCUCAAGCGGUUGCUCGGCUUUGCUCGCACUGCCAAGCACCUUGGCACCCAAGCUCGCCUCGAGGGCAUGCUGACGGUGGUAUCCGAGGAGCUCGACGAUGUUGCAAUGGUCCGAUCGUUGGAUGAUGCUGCAAGUGUGCUGCGUUUGACCAUCCCGCCGGCCAAGGUCUUCCGUUCUGCAGUGCUGAACGGCGGUUAUCGCAUUUCUGGGUCUCACACCGAGCCUAGCGGAUUCAAGACAGACGCACCUGCUUCCUUCAUUUGGGACGUGUUGCGGCGCUGGGCCAUCCAAACCAAGCCGCACGGUGUCCGAGCUGGUGUCGUGGAAAACUCUCCCGCAUUCCGACUGCUCGCCAAAGACCCUGUCGCCGAGGCCGAUUUUACUUUGCACAAGGACGCAGUUCCGCCAUCGCGCAAGUUCAAGCUCGUCCGCUUCCAGGAGAACCCCACUUCCGACUGGGGCCCGAAAGGCCGCGCCCGCAAGCGUGUUGCCGAGCCUGACGCGGACCAGGACGCACAAGCUGCUCGUCACCAAGAUAAAAAGUCUCGCACAGAGGUCGAUCCCAAGACGCUGAUUUGCCCGACCUUUUACCUCAAUGGCGUUUGCCGACAAAACGAAAACUGCGAGUUUUCCCACGACAUUUUCAACCCCAAUCUUCAGAUCGGCCCCUCGAUGAAGCCAGUUCUCACCGCCCAAAACGGAGGCAACUCGGCGGUGCCGAUGCAGUAGCCCCUAUACUGCUCUCUCUUCUGCUGUGCUGUUUCAACUUUGUCUUGUUUUUUUUUUUCUUUCCUGCUUCGUCCUUCUUCCAAUCGAUCAACGCUUUGAUGCCAAGCACUCGCACAACUAUUCAAUUCUUCACUAAAUUUACAUUCAUGACACCACACCAAA